AUGCUGGAAAGAUCCAGCUACGGACGGCAGCGGGUGCCGACUCGGCGCGCCGCGGAUGCGGCCGACGCCAGCUGCGAGGAUCUGGGGGCGUUGCAGGAUUACACAGGGGCGGCCGUGGUGACGCCAAGCCUGCAUUGCAAGGCCGCCGCAGCGCGCCUGUCCGGCGGCGACGCGAGCCCUCGCUCGCCGGACCGCGGCAACGGCACUGGCGACCGCAGCCCCGGCCUGCCCAGCCGCGGCCCCACCCGCUUCGUUGAUGGGGGCGGCAGCGACAUCACUGCUCUGCCGGGCGCGACCGCGCCCGGCGCCGGCGCCGCGGUGCCGCCGCCGCGCCCUGCUGAUGUGGCGCACCUGUCCGCUGCCGACGCGGCGGCGCUGCUAGUGGGGCUGCUGCGCGGCCGCUUCGACGGCGACGAAGUCAACGGCCUGCGCAGGGUGUUCAUGCGUGCGCCGCCCACUUCAGUCGUGCACGUGGCCGCGCUGAUCAAGAGCGGCGCCAUCCCGCAGCUGUCAGGCAACCUCAUCUCCACCUGGCUGGAGCGCUGGAUGGAGCCCGGCAGCGCAGCUGCGUGCGGCGUGCAGUGGCUGGGGCCGGACGCGCCGCUGCUGCUGGCUGCGCUCGAGCGCGAGGGGAAGCCUGCCCUGCUGCAGAAGGUCCACAAAGGCGGCAAGGCCGUGCUGGCAGCUGCCAGCAUUGCCACAGGCGCGCCACCUCCCCCCCUGCGGCCUGUGCCCGCCCAUGUCGACGAGCUGGCGGACCUGCUGGCGCGCGCGCCGCACCCGGGCAGUGGACUGCAGCACGUUGUGCUCACGCGGAACAUGGCCGGCUGCGACGCGCCCACAGCAGUGCUGACCCUGCCCACCGGCGUCCCCGUGGCGCCUGCGCCUGCCGCGGCGGAGCCCGCGGGGGCGGCGCUGCCCGUGGUGGUGCUGAUGUCCAUCUUGAUGAGCAAGAAGGGCAAGCAGGCGGACCGGGCUGUGUCCGCAGCCCUCAUCAUGCUGACAGCACUGCUGCUGCCGCUGCUUGUUGCAGUGAUUGAUACGCAUGUCCCCACAGAGGCCCCCAUUGCCUCGGCUGCAGCCAGCGCACCGGCCAGCGCGCUGCCAGCAGGCGCAAUGGAGCAGCAGCAGCAGCAGCAGCAGCAGCAGCAGCAGCAGCAGCAGCAGCAGCAGCAGCAGCAGCAGCAGGAGGCGGGCAAGGGCGCAGAGAAGGGCGAGGAGGGGGAGGAGGCCGAGGCGGGGGCGGAGGCAGUGGCAGCGGACGCUGCGGUGGCGGGGGCGAACGGGGCGGCCGAUGAGUGGCAGCUGAGGCUGGCGGGCGGCGUAGUGCUCUCCGUCCCUGCCGCGCUGUGCCGUGUUCUUGUGGCUUUGUUCAAGCCGGACAGCCCGGCCAGCAUGAGUAUGGCCAAGAUUUGGAUGGGGUAG